AUGUUUUCCCAGGCGGCUUGUAUAAACGGGACCGGUCCCACACUCACACGUUCAGCUCGGUGGAAUGUUCUGUAAACUAACGUGUGGAAGAGUUCGCGUGUUUGUUUGGUAGCGCGUUGUCUUCCGGGUAGAAUCCAGCAGGUGGAGCUAUGUAAACAUACGUCAUGCUGUGAAAUGCCACACACACGCCAGUGUUUUGUCAACAUUUAUUGAGCCAACGCACAUAUUUUACUCAUGGCAAAACGCAUCAAAUGGUUCAUAAUUUUCUACUUACUCAGGGUCAAGAGCGUUUCUAGACCCCUUGGGGCCCCGGGGCAAGAAGGCCCAUGGAGGCCCCUCAAAAAAAAAAAAAAAAAAAAAAAAAAACAACAAUGGAAAAGCUAUACUAGGAUAUCUUUUAUUAAGUAGUUGAUAUAAACCAGGGGUGUCAAACUCGUUUUUGACCAGGCCACAUUCACCCCAAUUUGAUCUCAAGCGGGCCGGACCAGUAAAUCCAUGGCUUAGUAAGCUAUAAAUAAUGACUAUUCCAAUUUUUUCCCCAUAGUUUUAAUAUAAGUCACAUUUAUUGAUUAUCUUGUUGCUACAAAUUACAUGAGCAAUCUGAAAAUUCCUAACAAAAACAAUUAUAAAACAACUUAAGAUCUAGAAAUCAUUUUAAACUUGUAUACAUUUCCACAUACAUCUGAAAUCUUGACAGCCUCAACGGACACCAUGCAAACUGAAGUGGUAACUAUUUGGAAAGAGGGGUGCAGUUAUCCACCUACCUUGCAAAUAAUACAUACAAGAAGUGGUAGUGCGUGAGGGGGGGAAAAAAAGGGUUCCACCACUCUUUUGAACUGAAACUGUUGACUGACAUUUUGCAAUAUUGAGUCUUAAAAUAUUUCUACACUGAGUAUUCAUAUAAUCAAACUGUGCGAUGGUCUCACAGCAUUUUAUGUGAAGUAGGCUUAGUUUGCUCCUUAAACUUAGCAUCUUUUAGCCUUCACAAGUGCAUCAAUAUCAGGUGUUAAUUUCUGAGCAGCCAAUUUCAGAAUGUCAUUUAAGUGGUAAGUGGUCGUCAGUCUGACCUCCAGUGAACAAAAUUAGCAACAACAGUUGAUUUGAUUGAGAGAAAAAUUACACUUUGAUUACAAAGCAAUGUACAGACAGACACUGUCAAGCUGUACCAAGACAGCAGCUACCUCCAGUGUAUAUAUAUAUUUAUGUGUACACAAUAAUACAUUAUAAUUUCAUAUGUAUCUGUGGCGGCAGCACAGUGGAAGACUGGUUAGCACAUCUGCCUCACAGUUCUGAGGACCCGGGUUCAAAUCCGGUAUCGCCUUUGAGGAGUUUGCAUGUUCUCCCUGUGCCUGCUUGUGUUUUCUCCGGGUACUCUGGUUUCCUCCCGCAUCCCAAAAACAUGCAUGGUAGGUUAAUUGAAGACUAAAUUAUCCGUAGAUGUGAAUGUUAGUGCGAAUAGUUGUUUGUUUAUAUGUGCCCUGCAAUUGGCUGGGGACUAGUUAUUGCCCCAAGAUAGCUGGGAUAGGCUCCAGCACGCCUGCGGCCCUAGUGAGGAUUAGCGGUAUGGAAAAUUAAUGAAUUAAUGUAUCUGUGGCGAAAAAGCAAAGCGUGGAGAGUCUCUGUCGACAAAAUGGAUGACAUCUUUUACAAUAACUUUCAUUCUACAUGGCUGGUUUAAAUGGAUGAACAAAGAUACAUGGAAGAAUGAGGAAGAAGCAGACGGCCAAGCAGAGGAAGACAGAAGACUCCGUUGUGCAGGAGUAUGUAGUGGAGAAGAUCACUCGUCGUAGGAUCUUCAAUGGAAGAGUGGAGUACUUCCUCAAGUGGAAAGGCUUCACAGAUGCAGACAACACAUGGGAGCCUGAGGACAACCUGGACUGUCCUGAACUGAUUGAGGAGUAUCUGAGAAAUCGCCUCUCGCCCGAGAAUGAGGAAGAAGAGCAGGGGUUGGUUCCUAAGGAAGAAAUGACAGAGGAGACGGAAAUAUCCCCACCGCAGAUGCACAGUCAACACUGCGGUGACAAUCCAGACUCGCCCGUCGACUUGGGAGCUUACCCCGAGCUCGAAUGCAUCAUCGGCUCCACAGACAGACGAGGAGAGCUCAUGUUUUUAGUCAAAUGGAAGGACACGGGUGACGUGGCCCUGCUGCCGGCCCACGAGGCGAGCGCCAGGUGCCCUCAGGCGGUCAUCGACUUCUAUGAGCAGAAGUUGACCUGGCACUGCGGAGACGACGAGCAAUGACUCGCACGGUCGUUCGUGGGUCGAGGUGAACAGAUGCAUUGAAAGUUUUUUUUCCAAGUUUUUUAGUUUUACCUCUGGAGCGGCGUCGCUCAGCUGACCUCAAGCACAUAACGGUGGGCGUGCUCGCCUUGCGAUAGACACUCCAUGCUGCCUUUUUUUGCAGCUGAUUUACCUGUAGCCUCCUCUUGUUAUUAUGUAGCACACCCAAUCACUGUGGACUGUUUAUAUCAUUUUUAAGGUAGUAAGUUCAUAUUUCUGCUCCUUUGUUUUCCUUUUUUUCUGUGUGUUGUAGCACAUUGCACUAAAGCUUUAGGAAUUGUAUGUGACCCAAGAACUAGCAGCGAUGUAAACUCAAUCAAAGGCAACAUGCUGUGCAUUUCAUGUUUGAAUAUCAAAGUAAAAGUACUUUUUCUAAUCUUUAAUAAUUUUGGAAACCCUGUGGAACUAUGUGAAUUGUGUCUUGAAGCAGUAGCUAGAAAAUGAAGUACACUACUUCAGUGGUUCUCAAACGUUUUAACAAAGUAAUACCUCAAAAAAUACAGCCCCUAUUCCAAUGAUGUUGGGUUAUCAUGUUUAACCUAUAUUUAAUUGAAUACACUACAAAGACUACUGUUUUUACUUACUGUUUUUAGCAAAUAGUCAUUAACUUAGAAUUUUAUGGCUGCAACACGUUCCAAAAAAGCUGGGACAGGGUCAUGUUUACCACUGUGUUACAUCCCCUUUUCUUUUAACAACAUUCAAUAAACGUUUGGGAACUGAGGGCACUAAUUGUUGAAGCUUUGUAGGUGGAAUUCUUCCCCAUUCUUGCUUGAUGUACAGCUUCAGCUGUUCCAGUCCGGGGUCUCCGUUGUCAUAUUCUGCGCUUCAUAAUGCGCCACACAUUUUCAAUGGGAGACAGGUUUGGACCGCACGCAGGCCAGUCUAGUACCGGCACUCUUUUACUACGAAGCCAUGCUGUUGUAACACGUGCAGAAUGUGGUUUGGCAUUGUCUUGCUGAAAUAAGCAGGGGCGUCCAUGAAAAAGACGUUGCUUGGAUGGCAGCAUAUGUUUCUCCAAAACCUGUAUGUACCUUUCAGCAUUAAUGGUGCCUUCACAGAUGUGUAAGUUACCCAUGCCAUUGGCACUAACACAGCCCCAUACCAUCACAGAUGCUGGCUUUUGAACUUUGCGUCCAUAACAGUCCGGACGGUUCUUUUCCUCUUUGGCCCAGAGGACACGACAGCCAUAAUUUCCAAAAACAAUUUGAAAUGUGGACUCGUCGGACCACAGAACACUUUUCCAGUUUGCAUCAGUCCAUCUUAGAUGAGUUCGGGCCCAGAGAAGCCGGCGGCGUUUCUGGGUGUUGAGUGUCCUCUGAGUGUCCUCAGUUCCCAAACGUUUAUUGAAUGUUGUUAAAAGAAAAGGUGAUGUAACACAGUAGUAAACAUGACUGUCCCAGCUUUUUUGGAACGUGUUGCCUUAAGUUAAUGAUUAUUUGCUAAAAACAAUAACGUUUGAACAUUAAAUAUCUUGUCUUUGUCGUGUAUUCAGUUAAAUAUAGGUCAAAUAUGAUUUGCAAAUCAUUGUACGUGUUUUUAUUUGUUCAACACAACAUCCCAACUUCAUUGGAAUUGGGGUUGUACUUAAAAAUAGCUCUUCAAGUACAACCUUAAUGGUCAACAUUAAAAGCGUAGUAGGCCAAAGUGUUCAUUUACAUCAUGUAUUCCUAAAAGGUGUUUCAGGUUAUUGUAAGCCACUGUAAUAUUUCACACAUCUUAAAGGAAAAUAAAAAACUACUUAAAUAAUGAUUCAAUUUAAGAGAUUCACUGCCAUUGAUGGCUUUAAAAGUCAAAUAUCCAUGUUAACUGGGAAGGCUGGCAGUGAAUCAUCUCCAAGUUGCAUGAUUCUGCUUAAUUCUACUCUAGAAUGGAAACAAUAUUGCAUCCUAUUAAAAAUGCUAUUUUUUUAUUUAUUUUUUUGUUGAUUGUUAAUCUUCCCCAUAGUCAAUCAAGGAAAUUGAGUCAAAUGUCAAAUUUCGCCGAGCAUGCAUAUGCAGUUUUUUCAAAAACGUUAUCCAAAAAUAUUUUUGCCCCCCAUUUUCGGUUAGUCUCAACAUUUUUUUUUUAUUGAAACCUUAUUGUGCCCCUGACUCCAAAUGUUUUUUGUUUUUUUAAUGCAAUGUGUGUUUUGUGUUCAUGUGAAAAUCUACUUUCAUUAUUGUCUCGUGAUGCUCAUUUUCAAAGUACCUAAAGCUUUCAAAUAAAUGUAGCAGAGUAGAGGUUUUGGGGAAUGAAACCACUCUGUGUGCAGUUGGGGGGCGGGGGGUGUAAAAUGUAUUUUGUGGCUGAUGUUUUAUUCAAACUUGUUGCCCAGCAUAUUUCCAAUGAGCUGCUUUGUACCAAAUGUUUUCUUUGUCCUUUUUUUUUUUUUUUUUUUAAGAGAUUGACUUACAUUCAUUUAAAAUGGUGCUGUUCACCACAGAAAUUAGCAAAACAAACAAAAAAAAGUCGCCUUACUGCCCUUAAUGAGUUGUGCACAAUUAUUGCACAGUCUCAAAAAAAAAAAAAAAAAAAAAGUUCAAUGUAGCACUUUAGAUGAACAGUGGGAUGUCAUCGGUCAGUUACUCCUCACGUGCAGACAUAUCCUGUUAUGGCACACUCGACUUAACCUUACACCUCCUCAUAAAACACACCUACUCUACUACUGAGCGGCGGUUACUGUGCGUGUGUGUAGAGACUGUUGAUCUGCGACGUGGCUGCGAAUAAAAGCAUCAUUGUGUGACCUAUACGCUG